UUUUGCAACGAAUGCAGCAAGAUCAGGCUCUCGCAAAUGAACCUCCCGGAUGUCUGUACAAAUUCUAUUUGGAUCCUUCGGUUUUGCAGUCAGGUGAAACGGAAUGUGUCAUCAAGUACUUGGCAUCUCAGAAACUGAUAAUCGAUGUUUGGAAUGGAGAUAGUUUAAUGCAUCUAGGAUCAUGCGCGGUUGAUCUGAAGUAUCUACUGAGACAAGGAAGACCAGCCACUCAGACGACCUUUGAGUAUGAGGUAUUGUCACAGGAGUUCGCAUCCGAGUCUACUUCUAUGAUUGGAGAUCUAGGAACCACGGGCAGCCUUAUUAGACCAGUCAACAGUCAGAAAUCGGUAAAAUCAGGCCAUCUACACAUGAGAUUAGUCAAUAUAGGUCACUCCAGGUCAUCACAGGGAUCAUUGAGUCGUAGUUUGGGGUUUGAAAAAUCACUGAUGUACGCUAAAACGGGUUCUGUAGCCCGUGACUUAAGCGCAACGACUCUUAACAGGACUAAAAAGCAAGCUAACAGACUACCAGAGGUCGAUCGAACGCUAAACACAAUGCUUCUGAGCGAAAAAGAGAGUCUUCGAUUAACGGGGGGAAAAUUACCUGAAGACAGAGAUCGAAAGCUCCUUCGAAUGCGUCAAAUGCGUUCGUCGCUUCUCGCUAACAGCACCGGCGGCACUCUGGACGCGACUAAAAUGUCCAAAAUGGAAAGUUUGACAAUUCAGAGAUUCGAACGAGAGGAAAAGCAGAAGGAAUUAAAGCUGAUCGAAGAGUACAGAUCAGCUACUAAGCAAAACACAAUACACAGUAUGUUGUUGUCGGAUAUUACAACAGAACACUCUGUGUUUGCCAGUUUCGGAGUCGCCGAGCUGGUCGAAUUUCAGUUCCGGAACCCAUUUAAUGAAGAUACCUUUUUCUUCAUUCAUUGCGGCGACAACCGUUCAAUUCGUCCGGUAACGAACACAAAAGAGCUCAGGUUACUGAAAGCUCUCAAAAAUUCAACAACUCCCAUUGCGGAUAUAUUCAUCGACGACUCAAACACAGAUGAAAAUACGACUUCUGAUUUGGAAUCUUCUGGAAUCGUUAAAAUAUUCCUGAAACCCCACGAGUUAGUCUACAUUCCAUUCAAGUACACUAGCCUCUAUGCCGAUAGCUCGAUGCCACUCGUGAGUCCUAUCAGCUCAUCCGAUAAAGAGACACUUUUGGGAGACAACCAAAAUCUGGAAACUAGCACAGUAAAGGUCCAGAUAAAAGAUCCAACGGAGAAGCCAGUCUCAAUCCUCAAUUUGAACGUAGUUCAUCAGCCCAUUCUGGUCGAUCAAACGUUCCGAUUUAGUCAUCCAGAAAAGACUGUCGUUAAAAAGUCUAUUCGGCUGCCUCCACUAUCGGCCGGUCGAACUAACACUCACUUUUCGGGUAAACUAAUUGCUCUGUGCAGCGACGUGAACACAAUUUGCACUACUGGAGCACCUGGGACUGCAAGUGAUCCUCAAGACGUUAAUAUAAAGACCCUUACGGGUCCUUCACCUUCGGUUAAAAAGUUCUACGUCUCAGUUUACGAAGGCGAAUUCCGAUUGGCGCCUACUCAAACAUGGAUGUUCGUCAUCGAGUCGCUGAAAAGAUGCGAUGUUCAAUGCGUCGCGGGUCAAGCUUCUCGGUUUUCACUCGUGAUCAAGGGUUCGGGUGCCUCGAGACUCGUGAAGGUGUUUAUUUCGGAUCCAGCCGAAAUGGAAGUGGACCCGUGCGAGCCUUUCAUUCUCUCGUCUGUUAGUCUAGUCGAGUUAGAAAUACUAGUUCGGCCGCUUAGACCUGGAAACAAGCAUUUCUUCGUGAAUGUAGUAGAUAUUGACUAUCACCAGAAAAUCCAUUCGUGGUUGAUAAAUGCAAACUGUUCGUUGCCCCAAAUCACCAAAGCGUUUGAGAUCAAACUUCCAGUUAACGGGGGCAAAGGAUCCGUGAAGAAAAUACCUUUCACGAACAAUUACCCUAUCAGGAAAAAAUUUCACCUCCAUACAGAUAGAAGCGAUCUGUUGUAUUUGGGCGAAAAUUAGAAGGUUUUAGAAUCCGGAGAGGAAUGCAUGCUUGGGUUGACAUUUCUGCCCGUAGCUCAAAGAGGAUCAACCGAAAUUAUCUUGUACGUAAACGACGAUGAUAAUAACAACGAAGAUACUUUCUGUAUAAAAACCACCUACAUGUGAAUAUCAAGUUCUUAAAUCGCAUUAAAAAAUUGCGGCUUCACUCUUUUAGAUAACCCUAAUGCUAUUAAUUACACAAAUUAAUGUUUCAAUUCUAUUUUCUUUAGUAAUACGGUUAAUUUUGAACGAA